CGCUGAAGUCCAGUAUGGCGGCUCUGCCUGAGGAGCCAGCCGAGGCGGUAACGGUGAAGCCAGACCCUGACGGCGGAGCUCCACCGCCUCCGCCCCAAUCCCAGUCCCCAGCAAAUGCCGCCCCUGCUCCUCCUCCCCCCUCAGCCACCGCGGCUCCCCUCACGGAUGGGGAGGCUGGCGCGGGCGCCCCUGACUCGAAGCCCCCGGUGGUCCCCAAUGCUGUACCGGCCGCCUCCCAGCAGCCCACCGACCGGCAGAUGCUGCUGGCGGUGCUGCAGUUCCUGCGGCGCAGCAACCUCCGCGAGUCCGAGGAGAUUCUCCGCCGGGAAUGCCGGCUGCUCGCUGAAGAGCUCGCGGCGGAUCCCAGUCCCUCGGCGCUCGGAGGACAGGCAGCCCAUGGCGGGGAAGGGCAGGAGCCCAGCCUCGGGAUCUCGGUCCCCGGAGCUGGGGAGGUGCUGCUCAGCUCCGUCACCUUUGGACAGUCCGGGGGUACCGUCGCCCCUGCAGCUGUUACGGCUCCUCCUGCUGCGCCCUUGGGACCCUCCGGGAAAGUUGGUGUCCUUAUGGAAGAUCAGCCAGAUGUGAGUGCAGUGUUGUCUGCCUACAACCAGCAGGGAGACCCAGCGCUCUAUGAAGACUAUUACAGUGGACUGAAACACUUCAUUGAAUGUGCUCUGGACUGUCAUCGAGCUGAGCUAUCACAACUUUUUUAUCCUCUCUUUGUGCACAUGUAUUUGGAGCUAGUCUACAAUGGGCAUGAAAAUGAAGCAAAGUCCUUCUUUGAAAAGUUUCAUGGGGAUCAGGAGUGUUAUUACCAGGAUGACUUGCGCGUAUUAUCAAGUUUAACCAAAAAAGAGCACAUGAGAGGGAAUGAGACAAUGCUGGAUUUUCGAACAAGCAAGUUUGUGCUGCGCAUUUCCCGUGAUUCUUACCAGCUCUUGAAAAGACACCUUCAGGAAAAACAGAACAAUCAGAUCUGGAAUAUUGUUCAAGAGCAUCUUUACAUUGAUAUCUUUGAUGGCAUGCCUCGCAGUAAACAACAGAUCGAUGCUAUGGUAGGAAGCCUGGCAGGCGAGGCAAAACGGGAGGCUAACAAAGCUAAGGUCUUUUUUGGCUUACUAAAAGAACCAGAAAUUGAAUUACCUUUGGAUGAUGAAGAUGAAGAAGGGGAAAAUGAGGAGGGUAAGCCAAAGAAGAAGAAGCCAAAAAAAGACAGCAUGGGAUCAAAAAGUAAAAAGCAAGAUCCAAAUGCUCCUCCUCAGAACAGAAUCCCUCUUCCUGAGCUAAAGGAUUCUGACAGGCUGGAUAAAAUAAUGAAUAUGAAGGAAGCCACUAAGCGUGUGCGUCUUGGCCCAGACUGCUUGCCCUCUAUCUGUUUCUACACAUUCCUUAAUGCUUACCAGGGCCUAACAGCAGUGGAUAUUACAGAUGACUCUAGCAUGAUUGUGGGAGGUUUUGCUGACUCCACUGUCAGAGUAUGGUCUGUGACACCCAAAAAACUACGUAGUGUAAAGUCAGCAGGAGAUCUCAGCCUCAUAGAUAAAGAAUCUGAUGAUGUUUUAGAAAGGAUCAUGGAUGAGAAAACAGCAAGUGAGUUGAAGAUUUUAUAUGGUCACAGUGGACCUGUGUAUGGUACCAGCUUCAGCCCCGAUAGGAACUAUUUGUUAUCAUCUUCAGAGGAUGGCACAAUCAGACUAUGGAGUCUCUUAACUUUUUCUUGCCUUGUGGGAUACAAAGGACACAACUACCCUGUGUGGGACACACAGUUCUCUCCCUAUGGAUAUUACUUUGUGUCUGGCGGUCAUGACAGGGUGGCUCGCUUGUGGGCAACAGAUCACUACCAGCCUUUGCGGAUUUUUGCUGGUCAUCUUGCCGAUGUCACAUGUACACGUUUUCACCCAAAUUCCAACUACGUUGCUACUGGCUCAGCGGAUAGGACUGUGCGGCUAUGGGAUGUUCUCAAUGGAAAUUGUGUGAGAAUUUUUACAGGACAUAAGGGACCGGUUCAUUCAUUAGCAUUUUCUCCUAAUGGAAGAUUCUUGGCAACUGGAGCUACAGAUGGAAGAGUGCUUCUCUGGGAUAUUGGCCAUGGUUUGAUGGUUGGGGAGUUAAAAGGACACACAGAAACAAUCUAUGCACUCAGGUUCAGUAGAGAUGGAGAAAUUUUAGCAUCAGGUUCAAUGGACAACACAGUGAAGUUGUGGGAUGCUGUGAAAGCUUUUGAGGACUUAGAAACAGAUGAUUUUACUACAGCCACAGGACAUAUAAACCUGCCUGAAAACUCUCAAGACUUGUUGUUAGGUACAUACAUGACCAAAUCAACCCCUGUCAUACAUCUCCAUUUCACCCGUAGAAAUCUGCUUCUUUCUGCUGGGGCGUAUAGUCCACAAUGAGCUAUGACACUGCAGGACUUGGUUGUAUAAGUCUUGUGAAGUAAAGGUUGUAGAAUAAUUGUAUUAUUGAAGACCGAUGAACUGAACUUGUCUGCUGGAACAAGCAAUGUAAACUAUGACCCAAUAAGCACCUUCAAGUAAUUGCUGUUUUAAGCCCCACUGGAGAAUAUUGGAAUCAUGAGUUUGAUGGUGGGGGGGAGGGUGGGGAGAAGUUUGGCUUGAAUUUAGAAAAAGAGUCUCUCUUAUCCUCAGCAAGGAAAUGGUCAGCCAUUUCUAAACUGCAGCACCAGCUGCAAAAAGCACAGGUAAAUAGUACAACUCUUAAAACGCACUUAGUUUGUCAUUUCCCCAGUUAACAACUACCAAGAGCUUCAAAAGGAGCUUCCACAUGGAGCUGUGGAUUCUUUUUAUCAUGUGGAGAAGGAACUCAAAUAGCUGUUCGGUAUAUGUGAGAUGCUUAAUUUGUUCAAAGGAGGAAAGGUCAGAUUAAGCAAAUACACUGAAGCAGGCUUCAGCCUGCUAACUUAAUUUGAGAGAUGCUUUAAAGGUUGAUCCGUUACAAAUGUGACAAUCUUUAACUGAGAUAUUAUUUGUUUUCUUUGUGUACACACCAGCCUAUUUUGGCAGGGGAAACGAUUUCUUUGGGCCAGAAGUAUAAAAUCCCAUCCCUCCUAAAGUGUAUACUAGACCACAACCAGACUUGUUUUCUAUAAUAAGAUACUGUCACUCAAGCAUUCAGUUGCUACAUUGCCUUGGCUGUUUACCAGUUGCUGCAUUCCAGCAGGAAAUUAAUAUGAGUAUUGGUUUUAAAAAUACAAUUGCCAUGAUUUUGCAUCUUGUACAGUUUUAUAUUUUUGAUAUUUUAUAAUAAAGACAAAUUAGUCUGUGCUAUU